CGCUCCAUUCUGCAGGUUGCACUCAGCAGCUCCACUCCUCUCUCCUUGUGCGCUUUUAUUUUGAAGGGCAGAGCUGACAGACUGGGACUUUUGGUUUUUACGCGUGCCAGCCCCGUGUCCUCCUCCUCCUCCUUCUCCUCCUUCUCUACCAGGAGUUGAGUCUCACAUCUCCGGGAUAAGCCUGUGACCAUCACCCGUGCGCACCAGAACCAUGGAGCCCUCCGUCUCCACAGAGGGAGAGCAGAAAGAGAGGAAAAAAAUCCAGUUUGCAGUGCCUACGUCUGCGCCCUCCAACCUGGACCCCCGGCAAGUGGAGAUGAUCCGACGCAGGAGGCCCACACCCGCCACACUGUUCAGAGUCGCUGACCAGGCCUCUCCAGACGAUGACCCGUCCAGCCAUCAGGUGAAGUGGGUGGUUGGAGAAAACGGUAUCCUCAAACCCAAACGCAUCAAUCAGAACGUGUACCAGCCUCCGUCACUCAAAGCUGUGCAGAAGAUGGCAGAGGCCCACAUGCAGCACCUCGGGGUGUACACGGCUCUUGAGGACCCGUGUGAGGACGAGGAGGAGGAGCAGGACUGGCAGGACUGGCAGGGCGAAGACGAUCACCAAGACACAGCGACCCCCGAGCAGCCAGACCGACCCAGCCCCAAGAAAAUACAAGCUGCGACAGAUGAAGACGAGGCUGAGGAAGAGGAAGAGAAGAGCAAUUUCAAAAACAACAUGAAGGGAACCACAGAGGAGCACAACCGCUGCUCUGACUGAACCACACGACCACGGCAGGAUCCUGGGGAAGGGGCUGACAUGGAAAAACUGAGAGUAACACGUCUUAAUAUGAGUGAAACGUAACAUACAAAGUCACCUCUGCUUAGGUCAGGGAAGACGUCAGGGUUUUGAUGAGGAGGUGAGGAGUGACGCGCUGACCGGUCCAUUGUUUAUAGUCUAAACUCCUGAGCUCAAGGUCAUGUCCCAGACCAGACUGCACAUGUUUAUUCAGAAUCCACAGAUCUAAUUCUUACUGAGCUAAAUGUUGAGUCCGUGAGAGUAGUUCUCGUUAAACUUGCACCAUUUCAAACCAUGUCUCUAAACUUUUAAUCCUCUUUGAGUUGUCUUUACUCUUGAUUCGCUUGUUUGCACUGACAUCUUGUGGCCGUUAUGCGGAAUUACAAGUCAUAUUCUGAAUUCCGCAGACACAGUGGAGCAUUGACACUAAUCCAAUAUAAAAUCAAGUAUGCCAACUUUUUAAAAUAUAUAUUGCUUCUGCUGUAGGCUCUGUGCACAAUAGCGCCCCCUACCUCACUGUUACUGUCACUACUUCCUGUCCAGUUUUAUCUCUAUGAGGCUUUUGCGGAGUCACGAUAAAGUGAAUCAAUAUUUAAAGAUCAGACAGUGGACAGGGAGCUGUGGGUGGGUUAGGGGUCAAGGGUCAGAGGUUAGGGAGUUGGGGUCAGACAGUGGACAGAGGCAUGUUAAACGCUACAUAAAUAAAAUAAAUACUUGCUAACUUUGAGGUGUAAUAAAUAUUUAAACAGCACCACAAACUGAAAUAUAAAAAUAACUGUGUCUUUAUUUUAAUUAAUUUGGAUUUUAAUAGGUUGUUUAUUUUAUGUUUUCUGAUUUUAAUAAAAGUGACUGUUAGCGUUGAGACACAGUGAGCUAGCUAGCGUGCUACUGUACACAGAGCCUGUUUAUUUUAUUCAUGUUUUGUUUUUGUUUGUUUUUUUUGUUUUUUUUAGCCCAAAAGUUCCAGUUUGACUUCAGUGAAUGAGUUAUUACAGGAAAUCUGAUUCACGUUCAUCUAAAUUAAAGCCACACUAUGUAACUUUCGGAGGGCCUGUCACCAGCUUUUUUCUAUGGGAAUUGUUUAACUUUUUCUGAAUUGCUCCAUAGUCUGGCAUUAAAGUUAUUGAUGUACCUGGAUAUGAGCAGACGACUCCAACAGACAAAGAGUCAAGUAACAAACACUUAAAAACAUUUGAAUACAUGUUUGAGAUCAUUUGAAUGCCAUAGUAUGGAAUAUUUCAGGCAAAACAAUAACAUCUCCAUAGUGACUGAACCUCCCCAGGAAAAGGUACAUAGUGCAGCUUUAGUACAGCUUAAUAAAUGUUUGUGUUGGUUCUAAUUUGAAUAAUCAGCCUACAGUUCAAUAAUGAGGUGUGUGUGUGUGUGGGGGGGGGUGUUGUGUGUGUGGGGGGGGGGGGGGGGGGGGGUUGUGUGUGUGUGUGUGUGUGGGGGGGGUGUUGUGUGUGUGUGUGUGGGGGGGGUGUUGUGUGUGUGUGUGGGGGGGGUGUUGUGUGUGUGCGCGCGCGUGCGUGUGCGUGUGUCAUAAAUAGAUAUUGGCCUUUGCAAAUUGUCAGUUUUAAUUAAAUCUGAACCAGAGGUGGGACAUAACGAAGCAAAAGUAGUAAAAAAAAUAUCUGCACUUAACUUAAGUACAUUUUACAGUGUGUACUUUUGACUUUUACUUGAGUACAUUUGACAGCAGUAUCUGUACUUUCUACUCCACUACAUUUUUUAACUAGAUUGAAAAGUAAAAGUAUUUUUCUUAUUGUGUGAGACCUGCUGAAAAAACCUGGGGGUUUAUUUUUAACAUGUUCAGAAUUUGAGCAAAACAAAAAUAUACAAAUAAAAACAGAAAAAAAGAUCGAUUCAGUUGUUUCUGUUGAACAAAAUUCAGCUCAAAUUUUUAUCAAAAUCACCACAUUUGAAGCUUUAUAACACUCGAAAUCUGUGAGAAAUACUUUUACUUUUUACUCUUCAAGUACAUUUUAAACAGGUACUUUAAUAUUUUUACUGAAGUAGAUUGUUUCAUGUGAUACUUUUACUUCAGUAAAUGUACUUUUACUUAAGUAACAAAGCUGAGUAUUUCUUCCACCAGUGCAAAUGUUCAAACUCAGACUCAGACAAAGCCGGUUUGUUUUAUAGGCCAAAGGUCAAAGUCUUCUCAUUACAACAGAAAGUUUAUUUUUAUAAUCACAUGAAAAACCUCUUUAUGGGACCAAACAGACGCCACUCAGGUUCAAACAUUAAAAUAACACUGUAAAUUUAAACAAACGAGUUUGGUUUCCAUGUUCUAGUUUUAUAUAUGAAGGGAAAAAAAACUACAAAACUGACUCAAGAAAUUUAAAUUAAAAUCUAAAUUAAAAAAACACUACCUCUUCUCUUUUUACUCCGACAAUCUCGCCAAAUGAACACAAAAACGCCCUUUAUAAUGUGUAUCUCAUAAACGUAAUAAACAGAAGUGAUAUUUCCCUUUUGUAAAUGGACUUUUUUCUAUGGCUCUGAAUGAGUUUGAGACGUGAAUUUGUCAGAAGUAUUUUUGUACUGGAAGGUCUGUGUCCGGGUCCGUCUGCUCCGUCCUGUUUCUGCUGUAGCUCGUGUGCAUCGCUGGGAAUUUCUGAAGUAAUUUGUGCAACAGGUCUGUGAAACGUGUGAGAUUCUUGUGUAUUUAGACGUGGUUUUUCUUUGGAGGGAGCGAUUCUCUGUGGGGCCUGUCUGUGGGGCCUGUCUGUGGGGUUAAGGGAGCACACACCCAGCGCCCACGCCUCCGUCUCUCACUGCUCAAAACUCAAAACCAACCACCACGAGAACAUAUGUAUGAGAUUGUAUUUUAUUUUUUUCCAUUCUCUGGUUUCUAAAUGUUUUGUGGUUGUUUUUGGACAAUAAUAAAAAAUAAACAGUUUUUUCGUUUCACCUUC